GGGCAGCCAUGCAGAAAAGAAGCUGGCUCAGCAUUUGCUGUAUGAAUAAGGCACCAAGGAUGCAAGGAAUGUGCCUCUGAAAAAAGAAUGGAUAGUGGAAGAGGCAGCUAGUCAGGGAUUGGUCAGCAGCUGUCUGCAGAGAAGGGAGGGAGCAGAAGGAGGCCCUGAAUCGUGGGUACCUCUUCUUCUGGGUUGCUGACAAUGGGCAAGAGUCUGUUCUGAGGAUUUUUGUUGUGUGGAAGUGCCAGUGCCAGCUGUCUGUAGAAACAACUGUUCCUCUGAUGAUACAGUUCCCCCAGCUGGCACUCAGAAGGAGGUUGGGGCAGCUGACCUGCAUGUCUAGGUCCGCCCUGAAACUGCGCUCCUGGCCUCUCACAAUCCUUUAUUACCUUCUACCGUUCGCUGUACUUAAGCCCUUGGUGAGAGUGGGAUGGCGCCCUACAAGCAGGGUUGCUCUUUACAAAACAGUGCCAACGCGGCUGCUCUCCCGGGCAUGGGGACGCCUGAAUCAGGUGGAACUUCCAACGUGGCUAAGGAAACCAGUAUACAGUCUAUACAUCUGGACAUUUGGCGUGAACAUGAAAGAGGCUGCAGUGGAAGAUCUGCACCAGUACCGUAAUCUCAGCGAGUUUUUCCGCAGGAAACUGAAGCCACAAGCACGGCCAGUCUGUGAUUCCCAUAGUGUGAUCAGCCCCUCAGAUGGUAAAAUUCUGCACUUUGGUAGAGUGAAAAACUGUGAGGUGGAACAGGUGAAAGGUGUAACUUACUCUCUGGAAUCCUUCCUGGGGCCACAAACCUGGACUGAAAACCAGCUCCAAAAGACUUCCUUUCAAGACCAGCUGGUUACACAGGAUGGAAAUGAACUAUAUCACUGUGUCAUUUACCUGGCUCCUGGGGACUAUCAUUGCUUUCACUCUCCCACAGACUGGAAUGUGCAUCACAGGAGACAUUUCCCAGGAUCUCUCAUGUCUGUAAACCCGGGUGUGGCCAAAUGGAUUAAAGAACUAUUUUGUUACAAUGAGCGUGUUGUUCUCACUGGAGGCUGGAAGCAUGGCUUCUUCUCCCUCACAGCUGUUGGAGCUACAAAUGUCGGCUCUAUCCAGAUAUAUUUCGACAGGGAUCUGCAGACAAACAGUCCUCGAUACAGCAAAGGUUCUUACAAUGAUCUAAGCUACAUAACGAACAAUAACCAAGAUGGCAUUGUUAUGAGGAAGGGAGACCAGCUAGGAGAAUUCAACCUUGGUUCCACCAUAGUCCUUAUUUUUGAGGCACCAAAAGAUUUCAACUUUAACUUGAAGCCUGGACAGAAGAUUCACUUUGGGGAAGCUGUAGGAUCCCUGUAGCAAGAAUCCAACAUUUUCCCGUAAAGAUGGUUACAACAAGGAAGGAUCAUAUGUGUAGAAUUGUGGUGCUAGAAGACUCACAUUAGUGUCUCUAUGCCAGCGAAACCAUAUGAUUAUGCACCUUAAGGACAAAUAGAGGGCAGUCAUGCAGAUUAUAGCCACUGCCACGCACCAGCCUUGUUACUGUCCCACACAGCACUUACUUUACUGAUUCUUUUCCCAUGGUCACUUGGUGUGGGUUACUUCUCUGAAGUGAUUGUUUCAGGGCUUUCAUUUAAUCACUUGAACUUUUUUUUUUUUUUGUGGGAACAAUCAUUAAUUUAUAAUUUGAUAAAUACAUAAUUGGUUCCUUUAGAGGAGAUCAUCCAAAUCAUAGAAAGCUACAUGCUGAAAGAAAACUGCCAACCUCAGGGAAGUGCUUUGCCUAAGGCAGCCAUUAGGUCAGUGAUGAGAGGACUGACACAAAGCUGGAAUGAGGGAGAAAGUUGCUGUGGAGCUGCUGCUUGUGAUUGCUUGCUAUGAAGGAUUGUGGUCUCAGCACUGUGGAUUCUGACCAGGACCAUUCUGAUUUCAGCCUACAAAGUGUAACCUUGCCUGGGGCAGCUCUAGCACAUAUUUUUUUUGUACAUCUGAGAAGGAGCGUUAUUUCAUUAAUACAUUAACCCAUUUAAUAGCUGACAUUUUGAAAUAAAAUGGAUAAACUAA